AUGGAUGGCAAGGGGAUAGAAAAGACGGUACCUCUUAGGGGCUGGUCAAUGAAGACCAAAAAGUUUCUUCUCAACAUUUCUCUAGCAAUUAUCAUAUCAGCUUUUAUAUUCACUAGCAUCGGCGGUGGGGAGAGCCUUAUCAAUAACUCAGAUGAUGAUGUACCCUUAUGGCCUCAAGGAUUGAAUAUGGGUCCCCCAGCCAAGAAUCCCUCGCUAAAUCCCGACGAAAAAUAUCUCAAAAUUGGUAAAAACGGUGCCGUUGCCAGUGAUCUAGAAGAAUGUUCGUUCCUUGGUGGCCAAAUCCUCCAAAUGCAUAAUGGUAAUGCUGCGGACGCCGCGGUCACUGUUGCACUUUGCAUUGGUCUUAUCAACUCAUUCAGUUCGGGUAUUGGUGGUGGAGGUUUCAUUCUAUCAUCGCGCUACAAUUCCACUGAUGGCUCAAACGACUUAUUAAGUAUUGAUGCCAGAGAACAAGCGCCGCGCCUAAGUUAUAAAAACAUGUACGAUGGCAGUGAAGGUGGAGCUCCAAAAUACAAUGAUGACUUCGAGAUGUUAUCAAAGCAGGUGCCUUCCAAAAUUGGAGGAUUGUCAAUUGCUGUUCCGGGAGAAUUAAAAGGAUUAUACCAUUUAUACAAAUCACAUGGCUCUGGUAACGUCGAAUGGAAAGAUUUACUCGAGCCGGUAAUUCAGUUGGCUGAAAAUGGUUUCAACGCUACAACUUUGUUAUCGCAAAUGGUUCAUUUAGCUCCCAAUGUGUUUAAGAAACGUUAUAGAGACUGGUCUCCGUAUGUGAGGAAUUACAAUGAAGUUUUGAAAUGUGAAGCUUCUGGUUCCAAGCAUUGUUACAAGAAGGUCAGACUCAUUAAAGAAGGAGAUUUGAUAAAGAGACCUAAUUUUUCGGAAACUCUAAGGACCAUUGCAAAUAAUGGAAGUGAUGCUAUUUUCUAUGAUCCUGAAGGUCCCAUAGUUAAAUCUUUAGUAAAUGCCAUUCAAAUGAAUAAUGGCAUAAUUACUGAAGCUGAUUUUGCCGAAUAUGAAUUGAAAACUGGGAUUCCAGUCAAGUCUAGUUUCAUGGGCAAUUAUCAAGUUUUGGCCCCACAUACAGGCUGUAGUUCGGGAAUUGCUUUGCUUAGUUCUCUUAAUGUGAUGAACAGAUUUUAUCACGACGCGGGCCUACGAAACGAUUUUGCUAUUGGUGGAGAUUUGACUGAAUACCAAACUCAAAGACUCGUAGAAGCAAUGAAAUGGAUGGGAUCGGCUAGAACUAGGUUGGGGGAUGCUGUCGCAGUUGAUGGUGAAGGGUGUGAUGAAAUUCUAGAGCAGCAAUCCAGAAUUAAUCAUCUUUUAAGUGACGCUUGGUCGGAAUCAGUUUAUCGAAAUAUUUCAGAUCAUCAUACUUUGAGCUCCUGGAAGGAUUAUAAUCCUGAGUUUCAACCAGUCCAAGAUAAUGGUACUUCUCAUUUUUCCAUUAUCGACCAAUACAACAACUCGGUAUCGAUGACCACAUCGGUUAACUUAUUGUUUGGCUCAAUGGUAGUUGAUCCAAACACUGGGAUUAUCCUCAAUGAUCAAAUGGAUGACUUUUCCACUGAGGGUUCAAAUGCGUUUGAUUUAGCCCCAUCAAUCUACAACUUUAUCCAACCCUUCAAAAGACCAUUGUCUUCAAUGGUCCCUGUGAUCGUGCUUAAAACUAGCGAUGAUCUCCAUGAAAAUGUUGGUACGACAUACGGUAGUCCAGACAUGGUUAUCGGGGCUGCUGGGGGAAGUAGAAUUCUUACUUCGGUAUUCCAGGCCAUUGUCAGAAAGUACAUGUACCAGAUGCCGUUAUUAGAGACUAUAGCAUACCCACGUCUUCACCAUCAACUUUUGCCAGAGAUGCUUUAUAUGGAAAAUUAUACAGGGAGCGGUUUCAAGGAUCAAAUGCGGGCCAAAGGCCAUAAGAUUGAGGUGACUGAGUCAAAAUCUGUGAUGAACGGUGUCAGUAGAGACCACGACUCUGAAGAGUGGCAUGCAGUUAGUGACUGGUGGCGAAAGCAUGGUGGUGCGUGGGCAUUCUAG